UGAAAGAUGCGGGCUCUUGCCUCCCUUCGUCCACACAACACCGAGUAACUGCCUGUUGCUGCCGUCCCGAACAUGUCGCCCGCCUUCCUUUUGUAUUCGUGAAGCUGCAUCUAUGAGGAAGCAACGUUUAGAGAAUCCACCGCCCGCCUUGUUCGACAAAGAAGCGUCCAUCCCAACUCCAAGACUUUAAACCCAGUCUGCGAUCAAUCUCGAGUCCCGAGAUAGCCGCGCCGUACCACUCAAUCGUCUACUCCCUCGGAACAUUGUUCUCGUUGUCUGCUGGUCCUUCGCUUCGACGACUUGUUACGUCGACACAUCGCAAUCGCAAUCAGACUACAAUGGAUCCUUUCUCCAUACUCCCCAUCGUGACCACCACUGCUCCCACCUGGGCUCCCAUCACUUCGGAUGCAUACGGCAUACCCACACCUGCCAGCAUCUACUCAAGCACAGACUCAUCAUCCAACGAGGAGGGAAAGAGCUUCGGCAGCCUAUACCGGAACUACUUUGUACUGGUCGCCAUCGUCAUCGUCAUCGCUUUUGUUGGAGGCUGCGUCUUCUACCGUCGCAAGAAGCGCAUAGUCUACCGUACCAAUGUACAACGCCAGGCUGCUUUGUCGCGCGAUCUCGAAGAUCAGGGCCUGCACGGUAACAGAGGUUGGGGAUGGGGAGCUCUGUCACGCGACUACUCGAGUGGUCCGACUCCUCACGGUCAGCCUGUCACUAUAAGAGGAGGAACGGGCAUGACAACAGGGCGCCGCCGCAGAGAGGACGAAGGUCUCAAUGAAGUAGGCGAAGCUCCUCCAGCAUACAAGCCCGCCCCUGACGACAACCACACCCUACUCGAGACUGGCCAAUCUGCACCUUCGACCGAUGCCACCAUUGCCCCGGCUUUACCACGUCCUACUCUAGGUAGAGAAAAUACCGGCCUCAAGCCUCCAGACUAUACCGAGACUGUCAUCACAAACGUCGCUCCAGGCCGAGGCUUGUCGAGUACCACAAUCCCAACCUCGACCGCCACCAACUCACGAAACACGAAUCCUGAUAGAGACGUCGAACUCGGCCAUCUUCCUGGCUAUACCGCCAACGACACUCGUGAUCGCAGAUAGACUUUGCCACGACAUGAUGCUAAACAAUACUUUCUUUUGGUUCCUGUUCUGUUGUGAAUGGCAUAGCGAGGCGCCGGCGCCUUGGGAUAUGGGCAUGACUGUAUGACAUGAGGUGGCGUUACUACAUACAUUGUUUUCUUCCUCUUCACAGCAACUAUUCCUGCUUGUUGCACUCUUCCUAGCUGUUCAAUUGACCUUCUACAAUUUUUUCU